AUGGGAUGCAAGAAUAUUUUGGUGAAAGGAUUCUCAGCUGAAUCUAUUAAGCUUCGUCUAUUUCCUUACACAUUGAAAGAUCAAGCAAGGAGAUGGCUCCUCACACUUCCAUCUGGAAGCAUUAGCACUUGGAACCAACUCAGUGAAAAAUUCUUAAACAAAUAUUAUCCAGCUUCAAAGACUCUCGACAUGAGAACUCAAAUUUUAUCUUUUGCCCAAAAACCAAAUGAAGAGUUUCAUGAGGCGUGGGAACGGUUUAAAGAGUUGAAUAGAAAAUGUCCACAUUCUAGUAUUAGCAGUACGGAUCAAGUGCAUAUAUUUUUCAGAGGGUUAAAUAUGACAACAAAAACUCUUGUCAACGCUUCAUGCGGAGGAUCAUACAAGGAUAAAAAUGCACAAGAGGCUUGUUUAUUAUUUGAAAAAAUGGCAGCAGAUACACAGCAAUGGGCAGUUGAGCAGCCACAAUCAAGGUCUGUUUUUGAGAUAUCUAAUGGUUCUCCAUAUAUGUCGGCACAAAUUGAAAAAAUGGAGAAAAAGCUUGAAAGAUUUGAUGCAAAAUUUGACAUGUUAUUACAAAGAAUUCCAGGUUCACAGGUUGCUGUACAGCAACCUUUACCAGCUGCCUGUAGCAUUUGCAAUGUGACAACCCAUGAUUUUUUGAGCUGUCCGCAUAAAGAUGCUUAUCCGGAAUUUGCAGCGGAACAAGUUAAUGCAUUUAAUAAUUUUCAGCGUCCACGAUAUGACCCGUAUUCAAAUGUUUACAACCCGGGUUGGAGAGAUCAUCCUAAUUUUAAGUGGGACAGAGAUCAGCCUGCAAGGCCACAAUUUCAACAACAGGUACAGCAAACUGCUGCGCCUAAGGCUGCUUGGGAGGUUGCAAUUGAAAAAUUAGCAAAUGCCACCAGUCAAGAAUUCCAAAAUCUGCAGGCAACAGUGAAAAACAUAGAAAAACAAAUGGGGCAGAUUGCAUUCCAAGUUUCAGAAAGAGCACCAGGUACAUUUCCUAGCCAAACGGAACAUAAUCCAAGGGGAGGCGCAGAUUGUAAGGCAGUUCGAGUUCUACGUUCGGAAACUGCAGAACGUGUUUAUGUGCCUCCAAUGCCUUAUCCCGAAAGGUUGAAGCCCAAAGUUAAAGAUCAACAGUUGACAGAUUUUAUGAAGACCUUGGCCAAAGUUCAGAUCAAUCUCCCAUUGAUUGAUGCAAUUAAGAACAUUCCAUCUUAUGCCAAGUUUUUAAAGGAUGUUUGCACAAAGAAAAAGAAGCUCGUGGAUUUUGAAAAAGUUAUUCUUACAGAACAGUGCAGCGCAGUUUUAUUACACAAACUGCCUCCAAAGAAACAAGACCCAGGGAGUUUUACAAUUUCAUGCACAAUUGGAAAUUCUAAUUUUAAACGUGCUUUAAUUGAUUUGGGUGCCAGUAUUAAUUUAAUGCCUUUUUCUGUUUUUCAGAGACUAGGACAAGGAGAAAUCAAGCCUACAUCAGUUAUUCUACAACUGGCGGACCGUUCAGUUGCUUACCCUAGGGGAAUUAUUGAAGACCUCAUUAUUAAAGUGGAUAAUCUCUACCUUCCUGCAGAUUUUGUGGUCUUGGAUAUGGAUGAAGAUAUGCAAACACCGAUUAUUUUGGGGCGUCCAUUCAUGGCUACUGCUCGAACCUUAAUUGAUGUUGAGGCUGGAACACUUACACUUAGAGUGCAAGAUCAGUCCGUUGUUUUCAGUUUAUUCGAAAUAACCAAAAGGCCAACUGAUGUGCAAGAUUGUAUGCGUGUUGACAUGUUAGACAGCUUAAUGCAUGCUGAAAUUAUGCCCCGUUUGACAUCAGAUCCAUUGUUAAAGGUGUUGCAUGGGUUGGAGAAUAGAAACACUGAAGAUGAAGAGGUUUUUGAGUAUGUUUCAGCUUUGGAAAGUGUUCCUUUUCUACACCCCCGUUGGAGGCACGUUUUUGAGAGUUUAGGGGAACCGAAAAAACCAUUGCAGCCCUCUAAAGUACAGCCACCUAAACUGGACUUAAAAGUACUGCCAGGACACUUGAAAUACGCUUAUCUGGGUGCAAAUUCUUCGCUGCCAGUUAUUAUAGCUGCUGACUUAUCAUCAACAGAAGAAGAAAAAUUGCUGCGUAUUUUAAGAAAUUAUCAAGAUGCAAUCGGUUGGACUAUAGCAGACAUUAAAGGGAUCAGCCCUACAAUUUGCAUGCACCGAAUUCUGAUGGAAGAUGGAGUAAAGCCCACCAUUGAUGCUCAACGUCGUUUGAAUCCAAUUAUGAAAGAAGUUGUUCGUACUGAGGUUAUGAAGCUUCUAGAUGCUGGGAUGAUCUAUCCCAUUUCAGAUAGUAAGUGGGUUAGUGCAACUCAAGUGGUGCCCAAGCGUUCUGGAAUUACAGUUGUGAAGAAUGACAAUAAUGAACUUGUGCCUACACGUUUGACUACUGGGUGGCGUAUGUGUGUUGAUUACAGAAAGAUCAAUACGGGCACUAGAAAGGAUCAUUUUCCAUUGCCUUUCACUGAUCAAAUGUUGGAAAGGUUGGCUGGUCGUGCGUUCUAUUGUUUCUUGGAUGGAUAUUCAGGGUACAACCAGAUUCCAGUUGCACCUGAAGAUCAAGAGAAGACAACCUUUACAUGUCCUUUUGGGACUUUUGCAUAUCGAAGAAUGCCCUUUGGUUUGUGCAAUGCUCCUGCAACGUUUCAACGAUGCAUGAUGAGCAUAUUUUCCGGAUUGGUUGAACAGGUAGUUGAAGUGUUUAUGGAUGACUUUUCUGUUUUUGGGGAUUCUUUUGAUGAAUGUUUGAACAAUUUAUCCUUAGUUCUUGACAGAUGCAUUAAGACAAACCUUGUUUUAAAUUGGGAAAAGUGUCAUUUCAUGGUUAAGCAGGGGAUUGUCCUAGGCCACUUGAUUUCUAACAGGGGUAUUGAGGUUGAUAAGGCCAAAAUUGAUGUAAUUGCAAAGCUGCCACCACCGACAGCUGUUAAAAGUGUUCGAUCUUUUCUUGGUCAUGCUGGGUUUUACAGACGGUUUAUCAAGGAUUUCUCCAAGAUUAGCCGACCAUUGUGUAAUUUGUUGGCUAAGGAUGCUCCUUUUGUCUUUGAUGAUGCUUGUUUGGAGGCUUUCAACAAGUUAAAGACACUCCUCACUACAGCACCCAUUAUUGCAGCACCUAAUUGGAGUUUACCUUUCGAAUUGAUGUGUGAUGCUUCAGAUUACGCAGUAGGAGCGGUUCUUGGACAGCGGAAAGAUAAGCUUCCCCAAGUCAUUCAUUAUGCUAGUCGAACUCUCAAUGACGCACAGCUAAACUAUGCGACCACAGAGAAGGAAUUGUUGGCAGUUGUUUUUGCAUUAGAAAAAUUUCGGUCUUACUUAGUUGGGGCUAAGGUGAUUGUUUACACAGAUCAUGCAGCUUUGAAGUAUUUGUUGUCGAAGAAAGACGCUAAGCCUCGAUUAAUUCGUUGGAUUCUUUUACUGCAAGAGUUUGACUUAGAAAUCAGGGAUAAGAAGGGUAGUGAAAAUGUUGUGGCUGAUCAUUUGUCCAGGUUGAUUGUGCCAAUUUCUGCUGAAGAUGACUUGCUGCCUUUAAAUGAAAGUUUUCCGGAUGAACAGCUGUUUGCUGCCCAUAUCAUUUCACCAUGGUUUGCUGAUUUAGUUAAUUAUUUGGCUAGAGGGGUACUUCAUCCAGAUUUUACUUUCCAGCAGAAAAAGAAAUUUUUGGCAGAAGCAAAGUAUUAUUUUUGGGAUGAACCAUAUUUAUACAAAUAUUGUUCCGACCAAGUUAUUCGCAGGUGUAUUCCAGAAGAAGAGCAUGAAAGUGUUUUAAAGUUUGCACAUCAGUAUGCUUGUGGGGGACAUUUUGGCCCUAAACGGACAGCAGCUAAAAUCUUGCAGAGUGGAUUGUUUUGGCCUACUCUCUUCAGGGAUGCUAAUAGUUGGUGUAGAUCUUGUGAUCGUUGUCAAAGGUAUAUUUUGGUGGCUGUUGAAUAUGUCUCUAAAUGGGUCGAGGCAAUUGCAGCACCAACCAAUCAAGGAUCAGUUGUUCUGAAAUUCCUCCAGGGGGUAAUUUUUCCACGAUUUGGAACACCGCGUGUCAUUCUAAGUGAUGGGGGUAAGCACUUUGUCAAUAGAUCGUUUGCUACGUUGCUAGCUAAGUAUGGGAUCACCCAUCGUGUUGCUACUCCUUAUCAUCCACAAACAUCAGGACAGGUUGAAGUUUCAAAUAGAGAAAUCAAGCGAAUUCUUGAAAAAACAGUUAGCUCGACUCGAAAAGACUGGGGUUUGAAAUUGAGUGAUGCUCUCUGGGCGUACAGAACAGCAUUUAAAGGCCCAAUUGGGAUGUCCCCAUUUCGGCUGGUUUAUGGUAAGGCUUGUCAUUUACCUAUGGAGCUAGAGCAUAAGGCAUUUUGGGCUAUUAAAGAGUUGAAUUUUUCUUAUGAUUCUGCUGGAGAAAAACGUAAAUUGCAGAUUAAUGAGCUUGAGGAAAUUCGUAAUGAUGCUUAUGAGAGCUCGCGCAUUUACAAAGAAAAAACCAAGGCAUUUCAUGACAAUCAGAUUCUCAGAAAGAAUUUUCAUCCAGGGCAAAAAGUUUUGUUAUUCAGUUCAAGGUUGAAGUUGUUUCCAGGGAAGUUAAAGUCUCGUUGGAAUGGCCCCUAUUUGGUUACUAAGGUUUAUCCUCAUGGGGCGGUUGAUAUUACAAGUGAAAUUAAUGGCAACACAUUCAAAGUGAACGGUCACAGGCUGAAACCAUAUUUGGAGUCACCCUUCGAUAUUGCACGCGAGUCACUGACUCUGAAGGAACCAGUGAUUGACCACCAGGCUUCUGCAACGACAACCAACAAUCAGCAGCAAACAUCAAAAGCAAAAAAUCCUAGGCUGGAAUCCUGCACCCAGCAGCAAGUCUACACUGGGAAAGACACAACAAUCAGCAGCAAGUAUCAAAAGAAAAAACCUAGGCUGGAAUCCUGCACCCAGCAGCAAGUCUACACUGGAAUCAUGCACCCAGCAGCAAGUCUACCAAAUUUCCAACAACAACAUUUGCAGGGAUUCGAAAUUAUACCUGAGGUGCACGGAUUGGGGGUCCUCAGGCUUUUUGCUGUUUUGUCCUUUGCGCUUACCUUACACAGCGAGCACCACUAUGAGUACCUGCAGGGACAAAGAACACACAUCUCUACAUAUCACACAUCUUUACAGAUAAGGACCCAAGACAAAUUCUGGAAUUACUCUUACCUUCGGAUGGAUAUCGGAAGGCAUGGGUGCUAUGAGAUCGAGGACCAAUGGAUGCAGGUGGACGUUAGUGACGGUGCUGGCAGAGGUUUGAGACAGAGGAAUGUACCCAGAGGCAUCCAACACCUUCAGCUCAGGCUCCUUCAGCUACUGAACGUGCCAAGAAUUGAAUUCUCCGCCACUAGCUCGUAUAAUGUCGAUUUCACUGCGAAAAUUGGGGGUAAGGCAUCUGGGCAGAUUUGGGGUCCUUUGACCCAACUCAAAUACGCCAACCCAAAUCCCCAUUUUCCGAGCAUCCGGCCUAGCACCCACUCAUGCCCAGCAACUGACAAGCUUCGCUCCUUCUUUGGCUUUUAA